UUUGCGUUCCGUAGUUCCACGUCACUUGCGCACGCGUAGAUCGCCUCUCCUGUCAGUGUUUGGUCAAAAUGGCACUCCAAGGUGUCCGGUGUUGGACGCGGACUAUGUUAAAGAGAGGAGGACAUGGUGCUUCGGCAUUGUUAGCUGGAGCUAGGGCAGCCUCUGGAGUUUCAAAGGGUAUGCUACCAGGCCCUUACCCGAAGACCCCAGAGGAGAGAGCAGCUGCCGCCAAGAAGUACAAUAUGAGAGUGGAAGACUACGAACCAUAUCCUGAUGACGGCAUGGGGUAUGGCGAUUACCCUAAACUACCUGAUAGAUCUCAACAGGAACGAGACCCCUGGUAUUCCUGGGACCAUCCAGACCUCAGGCGGAACUGGGGAGAGCCGAUGCACUGGGAUUUUGAUAUGUUUAUCAGGAACCGCGUGGACACAUCCCCCAGCCCCGUUGACUGGAACACCAUGUGCAAACAGCUGUUUGGCUUCAUUGGGUUUAUGCUCUUCAUGUUUUACGUUGGCCAGAAAUUCCCAGCUUACCAGCCAGUGACCCCAAAGCAGUAUCCUUACAACAACCUGUAUUUGGAAAAAGGAGGAGACCCCGAGAAGCAGCCAGAAGAAGUGAAGCAUUAUGAAAUCUGAACUAUGAUGUCUUCUCUUAUAUAAUGUGUAUAUUUGCCACCAUAAUAAAGAUAUGACCUGUGACCCUU